AUGCCUUCUCUCCUCAUCCUUUCAAUGAUGGUUGGAACCAUCGCGACACCAGUAGUCGCAGAUAUCUACAACGUCAACGUUCCCUCUGGUUUCUUUUCCGGUCCUCAGUCCGGCAUCGGCUCAUGGUACCGUGCCUCGACAGGCCAGGACUCAACCAACGGACAAAGCUGGUGCGGCUACAAGUACUACAACUCAGACCCUGUGUUGGCUCCCUCUCUGAAGGCAAUGGGGGGUGCCACGUAUAACUCCAACCCUGAUGCCUGGAGACAGCAGACUAGGAAGUAUUGUGGCCUAGAAGCAAAGGUCACAGACCCUGCCACUGGCAAGAGUCAGCUUAUGUACAUUGGCGAUUCUUUCGAUGAUGCAUGGGUCAGAACGCCAGCAUCCAUUGACAUCAUGAUCGACGCCUACUCCAACAUCCACGGAAAUCCCAACGGCGACAAGAACAAUGUCAUCAAGGGAGUUCAGUGGGAGCUCACAGGUAGGGUCAACACCCAGUAUGCUGCCCCGGGUGCAUCUUGGACUCCUACAUCCGGUGGAUCUGGCGGUGGCUCUGGUGGUGGUUCUGGCAGCACUGGUGGUUUGGGAGCCAAGUGCGAUGGUCAGACCAAACUAUGCAACAGCGGCCUCACCUGUCUGUCCCCUGAUGGUGUCUGCAGCGACAAGGCUUGCAAUUGGGGGUAA